UUCCUGUGGAGGUCAAAUGUCUGAAGAAAACCCCCAAGAGUGCACGGAGCCGGUGGAGCCCAAGGCUAAGCCCGCCCCAGAGAAGACGAGCGACUACUACCGCGUGAGCGAGCAGCUCCCAGUCAGGUUCAACAACCCGGGGUGGUUUCGUGGCUACAGGACCAAUGAGCUUGUCUCCAUGUACAGGACCAGUAACCAAACCUAUGGGAGCAGAGCGCCCACAGUGCAUGAGAUGCCGACUGUAUUUUAUCCAUCUUCAAAUAAGUUUUCCAGAGAAUGUUUAGCUUCUGGAAUGUUCCUGAAUAAUACUUUUAAUGUCGGCUUGGAGAAGAGCGUGGUGACAGGCCCUGACAAUUACAUCACCCACUAUGACCGCCUUAACUUUCACCCUAGUUACAAUGUCAACAGGCCAUCCAUCUGUGACUAAGGGAGCUGGCUGCCCGUCCGGGGUCGGGGGUGGGGGAUGUCUCCUGACUCAGCGCUGCUGUAGGGAGGAACAUUGCUGCCCCUGAUCCUCGACAAGUGCCCGGUUCUAAAGGUACAGAUCUCACUGCCUUCUCAGAAAACACUUUUCCUUCCAGGAAGGGAAAAAUAUGC